AUGAGGCCAAGCUCGCGGACCCAGCCUGAUCUGGGCUGGCUCCCGGAAUCAGGCCCCCUCACCAAGCAGCGCGGCCGCGGGAGCCGGACCCCUUCCUCCCGGCCCGGGGGCCCCCCACUUCCGGCCGAAGCCACCUGGCCUCAUCGCGGGGACGCGGCCUCGGGUGGCGAAAGCCGUGGGGACCACAGCGGUCCUGGCCUCGACGGCGCCGCGAGGACCUUCGAGCGUCGUCCCGGGCCGAUGUCCCAGGUGAGUGGCCAGCGCCCCCCUCACUGCGACGCGCCCCAUGGAGCCCCCAGCGCAGCCCCCGGCCCAGCCCAGACCCUAUCCCUCCUGCCUGGGCUGGAGGUAGUGACAGGAUCCGCCCAACCUGCAGAGGCAACGCUAGAGGAGGGCUCCCUGGAAGAGGCGGCACCCUCCAUGCCCCAAAGCAAUGGCCCUGGGGCCUCCCAGGCUCUGGACAGCACUGACCUCGACAUCCCCACAGAAGCUGUGACACGCCAGCCUCAGGGGAACCCCUUGGGCUGCACCCCACUAGUGGCGAAUGGCUCUGGCCACCCCUCGGAGCUGAGCGGCACCAGGAGGACGGGGAACGGUGCCCUGGGGGGGCCCAAGGCCCACCGGAAGUUGCAGACACACCCAUCUCUAGCCAGCCAAGGCGGCAAGAAAAGCAAGAGCAGCACCACGUCUGCUGCCUCCCAGAUCCCUCUCCAGGCGCAGGAAGACUGCUGCGUCCACUGCAUCCUGUCCUGCCUGUUCUGCGAGUUCCUGACGCUGUGCAACAUCGUCCUGGACUGCGCCACGUGCGGCUCCUGCAGCUCCGAGGACUCGUGCCUCUGCUGCUGCUGCUGCGGCUCCGGCGAGUGUGCUGACUGCGACCUGCCCUGCGACCUGGACUGCGGCAUCCUGGACGCCUGCUGCGAGUCGGCCGACUGCCUGGAGAUCUGCAUGGAGUGCUGUGGGCUCUGCUUCUCCUCCUGA